ACUAUGGGAUUCCUCUCCAUCUUGGUCCCACUGUGGGUGACUUCGAACUGGACCUGAUCCAUGAACCUGAUCGUUACAGGAUCCGUGGAGAUGAGCUGGUCAUCAGCCUUCAGGAACUUGGGCUUGUUCUCCGUUUCUGUUCUGCUGCUGGAAACAUUGGAUUGGAUCCGACCCGUGGAGCUGUUCGGAUCUCGGUCCAGGGUUUCCUGUCAGUUCUGCCACUGCUGGAUGGAAACAACACUGGACCUCACUGGACCUUCUGGCCUCAGAAUAAUUAGAAAACUGGACAACCUGCUGCAAGAGGUGAUAAUUGACUUGGUUUUUUUCUCCUUUUCAGUCCUCAAUGGAGACGGGAACCACCGUCUAAUUAAUACAGUCAGGAAUGCAUUCCCCACAUUGCGGGAGCUGACAGGUGGAGCUGCUCAGCGCCUACCCAGAGCUUAUAAGCUCCUACCCAUAGCUGCUCGGUUUCUAUACAGACCUACUCAGUUUCUAUACAGACCUACUCAGUUUCUAUACAGACCUACUCAGUUUCUAUACAGACCUACUCAGUUUCUAUACAGAACUGAACAUCUGCCACCCAGAACUGAAUAUCUGCCACCCAGAACUGAACAUCUGCCACCCAGAACUGAUCAGCUGCCACCUAGAGUGCUAAGACUUUGGAGAAAUGGGAUACGUUUCCCUCUGGGAACAGGCCCACUCAGUUUCCUUAAUGUGUUCGUCAAACCGGUGGAUCUGACCUCUGAACAUAUUCAGUUCAAUGUUGGCUUGUCAGUUUCAGUUCUUCCUUUUCCUCUGACUCUGGGUUCGGUUGGCCGUGACAUCAACUUGGUGAACCGACCCUUUGGACUUUUUCAAGCCAGAGUUGACUUCGCACGUCUCUCCUUCGAGGACGGAGAAAUCAGAGUYUAUUUUCCAGUGACGAUUCGUUUUCAGAGGGACUAGAAAUAUGACCAGCCUGCUGCAGAAGGUGAAACUUUUUCCAACAUCAUCAAUGUUGCAUCACAUCUUGGUUUUUAUAUCAGAAAAACAACUUAGGAAUGUUUCCAUCUUCAAAUGUCUUAAAGCGCCUUCUUAUUAUACAUGAGGGGUUGACAGUUAAUCAGGAUGAACAAAAUGUUUUUUGUUAAUUAUUGCAACAAGGUUUAUGUUUAGGCCAAUGAUUUUCUCAAUACAGGAUUCUCUUUGUAUAUUAUGGCUGCAGGAAACAAAUGUGUAACUUUAACAUGUAACAUUUGACAUGUUUGAUAUGCUGUAACUCUAUUGACGGUCAGUCCUCUGAAAGAAUGCUGUACUUGAUCAAAGUAUUCAAUAAAAGUAUUCAAUAAAAGCAUUUCAAACAUCAAACCAAGUUAUUUGUGUUCUUAUCCAAAAGCUUAUG